AUGGCCAUAUCGAAGAGCAAGUUGUGCUUAGAUUGUCAUAGCUACUUGCUAUUUGGUUCAGAAGCUACACCAAAUCAAGGUGAAGGUUCGAUAGGUGGAUAUAAUGACAAAUCUUUCAGUUGGAAUAAAGCAGAAGCUUUCUCGAACUACCCAGCUGGUUUAAACAGCGAUCACAAGGAUUAUUCAGUAAAAAUCAUCGAUAGGAAUAGAAACGCUUAUUAUAGAUCAGACAGUGAUUUAAAUGCAGCUUCAGUGAAGAAGAAUAACUACUACCAUUACAAUUCUGGUGGAGGUUUAAUAACUGGAAAAAAUUAUAAAACUUUGAACUGGAAUAACGCUGAAGGUUCCUCGAACUAUGCAGCGGAUUCAAAUAGUAAUCGUAAGGAAUAUUUAGGACAAAUUUACGAUGGGAAUAGGAACGACCAUUUUAGAUCAGAGAGUGAUUCAAAGUUGGCUUCAGUGAACAAAAAUGAUUAUUACAAUUACAAUUCCGGUUCAUAUAAUGGACACAAUCAUCCACAUGGCCGACACCACCCACACCUACUAAAGCCCCAUUCUCCAGUCUAUAGUCCACCACUUAGGUACCCAUACUAUCCACAACAAAUUCACCCUCAACCAAUAUACCCACAGCCUAUUGUGCCUCUUAACCAGCCAUUUGUGACUCCAAGAAAACCGGUCAAAAAUUAUGCUAUUAAUGAAGGGUACUAUGCCCGGGAUAUACACUACCCGGGAGCUAAACCAGUGGUUAAUCAGCCAUACUUAGGACCAUCAGUUGGACCAGUAGGAUACCCGCCAAAUAAUCUUCAAGUUUCCCCAAUUGGUUCUGAAGAUGAUAAACCAAAACAACUAUAUAAGGAUUCAUUUGGAAAUUCACCAAACAAUCCACAACAAGGAUUUCCUAAGGAACAAAGAGGUUUACCAAGCUAUCCACAAUACAGUUACCCUGAUUCAAACUAUGCGUAUUCUUAUGCUGGUAGCUUUGGUAGCUCUUAUGCCAAUCAGCAAAAUAGCUACUCAAAAAAUUGGGACUACAACAAUAGUGGAUCUAAUUUACCAGGAUCACCUAAUGGACCACAAGGAGGCUCACCAAACAACCCUCAAGGAGGUAGCAAUCCACAUGAAGGCUCACCAUACAACCCACAAGAAGGCAACAACCCACAAGGAGACUCACCAACCAAACCACAAGAAGGCUUAACAAACAACCCUCAGUGGGGAUCACCAACCAACUCACAAGGAGACUCACCUAGUAACCCUCAAGGAAGCUCACCAAACAACCCAAAAGGAGACUCACCUACUAACCCACAAGGGGACUCACCAAACAAACCACAAGGAAAUUCACCAACCAACCCACAAAAGGACUCACCAAGCAAUCCACAAUGGGGCUCACCAACCAACCCACAAAGAGACUCACCAACAUACUCACAAGGAGGCGCACCAACUAACCCACAAGGAGAAUCACCAAGCAAUCUACAAUGGGGCUCACCAACCAACCCACAAAGAGACUCACCAACAUACUCACAAGGAGGCGCACCAACUAACCCACAAGGACAAUCAUCAAGCAAUUCACAAUGGGGCUCACCAACCAACCCACAAGGAGACUCACCAACCAAAGCACAAGAAGGCUCAACAAACAACCCUCAAUGGGGAUCACCAACCAACUCACAAGGAGACUCACCUAGUAAUCCUCAAGGAAGCACACCAAACAACCCACAAGGAGAUUCACCAACCAACCCACAAGGGGACUUACCAAGCAAUCCACAAUGGGGCUCACCUACUAACCCACAAGGGGACUCACCAAACAAACUACAAGGAGAUUCGCCAACAAAUCCACAAGGGGACUCACCAAGCAAUCCACAAUGGGGCUCACCAACCAACCCACAAAGAGAUUCACCAACAUACUCACAAGGAGGUGCACCAACUAACCCACAAGGAGAAUCACCAAGCGAUUCACAAUGGGGCUCACCAACCAACCCACAAGGAGACUCACCAACCAAACCACAAGAAGACUCAACAAACAACCCUCAAUGGGGAUCACCAACCAACUCACAAGGAGACUCACCUACUAACCCACAAGAGGAAUCACCAAGCAAUCCACAAUGGGGCUCACUAACCAACCCACAAAGAGACUCGCCAACAUACUCACAAGGAGGCGCACCAACUAACCCACAAGGAGAAUCACCAAGCAAUUCACAAUGGGGCUCACCGACCAACCCACAAGGAGACUCACCAACCAAAGCACAAGGAGAUUCACCAACCAACCCACAAGUGGACUCACCAACUAACUCACAAGGAAACUCACCUAGUAACCCUCAAGGAAGCUCACCAAACAACUCACAAGGAGACUCACCUACUAACCCACAAGGGGAUUCACUAAACAAACCACAAGGAGAGUCACCAACCAACCCACAAGGGGACUCACCAAGCAAUCCACAAUGGGGCUCACCUACUAACCCACAAGGGGACUCACCAAACAAACCACAAGGAGAUUUACCAACCAACCCACAAGGGGACUCACCAAGCAAUCCACAAUGGGGCUCACCAACCAACCCACAAAGAGACUCACCAACACACUCACAAGGAGGCGCACCAACUAACUCACAAGGAGAACCACCAAGCAAUCCACAAUGGGGCACACCAACCAACCCACAAAGAGAGUCACCAACACACUCACAAGGAGGCGCACCAACUAACCCACAAGGAGAAUCACCAAGCAAUCCACAAUGGAGCUCACCAACCAACCCACAAAGAGACCCACCAGCAUACUCACAAGGAGGCGCACCAACUAACCCACAAGGACAAUCACCAAGCAAUUCACAAUGGGGCUCACCAACCAACCCACAAGGAGACUCACCAACCAAAGCACAAGAAGGCUCAACAAACAACCCUCAAUGGGGAUCACCAACCAACUCACAAGGAGACUCACCUAGUAAUCCUCAAGGAAGCACACCAAACAACCCACAAGGAGAUUCACCAACCAACCCACAAGGGGACUUACCAAGCAAUCCACAAUGGGGCUCACCUACUAACCCACAAGGGGACUCACCAAACAAACUACAAGGAGAUUCGCCAACACAUCCACAAGGGGACUCACCAAGCAAUCCACAAUGGGGCUCACCAACCAACCCACAAAGAGAUUCACCAACAUACUCACAAGGAGGUGCACCAACUAACCCACAAGGAGAAUCACCAAGCGAUUCACAAUGGGGCUCACCAACCAACCCACAAGGAGACUCACCAACCAAACCACAAGAAGACUCAACAAACAACCCUCAAUGGGGAUCACCAACCAACUCACAAGGAGACUCACCUACUAACCCACAAGAGGAAUCACCAAGCAAUCCACAAUGGGGCUCACUAACCAACCCACAAAGAGACUCGCCAACAUACUCACAAGGAGGCGCACCAACUAACCCACAAGGAGAAUCACCAAGCAAUUCACAAUGGGGCUCACCGACCAACCCACAAGGAGACUCACCAACACACUCACAAGGAGGCGCACCAACUAACCCACAAGGAGAAUCACCAAGCAAUCCACAAUGGAGCUCACCAACCAACCCACAAAGAGACCCACCAGCAUACUCACAAGGAGGCGCACCAACUAACCCACAAGGAGAAUCACCAAGCAAUUCACAAUGUGGCUCACCAACCAACCCACAAAGAGACUCACCAACAUACUCACAAGGAGGCGCACCAACUAACCCACAAGGAGAAUCACCAAGCAAUUCACAAGGAGACUCACCUAGUAAUCCUCAAGGAAGCUCACCAAACAACCCACAAGGAGACUCACCUACUAACCCACAAGGGGACUCACCAAACAAACCACAAGGAGAUUUACCAACCAACCCACAAGGGGACUCACCAAGCAAUCCACAAUGGGGCCCACCAACCAACCCACAGAGAGACUCACCAACAUACUCACAAGGAGGCGCACCAACUAACCCACAAGAAGAAGCACCAAGCGAUUCACAAUGGGGCUCACCAACCAACCCACAAGGAGACUCACCAACCAAACCACAAGAAGGCUCAACAAACAGCCCUCAAUGGGGAUUACCAACCAACUCACAAGGAGACUCACCAAACAACCCACAAGGAGACUCACCUACUACCCUACAAGGGGACUCACCAAACAAACCACAAGGAGAUUCACCUACUACCCCACAAGGGGACCCACCAAACAAACCACAAGGAGAUUUACCAACCAACCCACAAGGGGACUCACCAAGCAAUCCACAAUGGGGCCCACCUACUAACCCACAAGGGGAAUCACCAAACAAACCACAAGGAGAUUCACCAACCAACCCACAAGAGGACUCACCAAGCAAUCCACAAUGGGGCUCACCAACCAACCCACAGAGAGACUCACCAACAUACUCACAAGGAGGCGCACCAACUAACCCACAAGAAGAAGCACCAAGCGAUUCACAAUGGGGCUCACCAACCAACCCACAAGGAGACUCACCAACCAAACCACAAGAAGGCUCAACAAACAGCCCUCAAUGGGGAUUACCAACCAACUCACAAGGAGACUCACCAAACAACCCACAAGGAGACUCACCUACUACCCUACAAGGGGACUCACCAAACAAACCACAAGGAGAUUCACCUACUACCCCACAAGGGGACCCACCAAACAAACCACAAGGAGAUUCACCAACCAACCCACAAGGGGACUCACCAAGCAAUCCACAAUGGGGCUCACCAACCAACCCACAAAGAGACUCACCAACAUACUCACAAGGAGGCGCACCAACUAACCCACAAGGAGAAUCACCAAGCAAUCCACAAUGGGGCUCACCAACCAACCCACAAAGAGACUCACCAACAUACUCACAAGGAGGCGCACCAACUAACCCACAAGGAGAAUCACCAAGCGAUUCACAAUGGGGCUCACCAACCAACCCACAAGGAGACUCACCAACCAACUCACAAGGAGACUCACCUAGUAACCCUCAAGGAAGCACACCAAACAACCCACAAGGAGAUUCACCAACCAACCCACAAAGAGACUCACCAACAUACUCACAAGGAGGCGCACCAACUAACCCACAAGGAGAAUCACCAAGCAAUUCACAAGGAGACUCACCUAGUAACCCUCAAGGAAGCUCACCAAACAACCCACAAGGAGACUCACCUACGAACCCACAAGGGGACUCACCAAACAAACCACAAGGAGAUUCACCAACCAACCCACAAGGGGACUUACCAAGCAAUCCACAAUGGGGCUCACCUACUAACCCACAAGGGGACUCACCAAACAAACCACAAGGGGACUCACCAAGCAAUCUUCAAUGGGGCUCACCAACCAACACGCAAAGAGACUCACCAACAUACUCACAAGGAGGCGCACCAACUAACCCACAAGGAGAAUCACCAGGCAAUUCACAAUGGGGCUCACCAACCAACCCACAAGGAGACUCACCAACCAAACCACAAGAAGGCUCAACAAACAACCCUCAAUGGGGAUCACCAACCAACUCACAAGGAGACUCACCUAGUAACCCUCAAGGAAGCUCACCAAACAACCCACAAGGAGACUCACCUACUAACCCACAAGGGGACUCACUAAACAAAUCUCAAGGAGAUUCACCAACCAACCCACAAGGGGACUCACUAAACAAAUCUCAAGGAGAUUCACCAACCAACCCACAAGGGGACUCACCAAACAAACCACAAGGAGAUUCACCAAUCAACCCACAAGGGGACUCACCAAGCAAUCCACAAUGGGGCUCACCAAUCAGCCCACAAAGAGACUCACCAACAUACUCACAAGGAGGCGCACCAACUAACCCACAAGGAGAAUCACCAAGCAAUCCACAAUGGGGCUCACCAACCAACCCACAAAGAGACUCACCAACAUACUCACAAGGAGGCGCACCAACUAACCCACAAGGAGAAUCACCAAGAAAUUCACAAUGGGGCUCACCAACCAACCCUCAAGGAGGAUCACCAGUCAACCCACAAGGAGAUUUACCAAAUAACCCACAAGAAAGUUCACCAAACAACCCACAAGGAGACUUUCCACUGGUUGUAGGAGGCUCUAAGAAAUGUGGUAAAGGUAAGAAAAAUACAUGGUGA